AUUAGCUCAGUUCGACCACGAAACGUGUGCAGCGUCUGAAGUAGUAGAAUACCAUUGAUGCGAGCGACGACGCGGCUGCUGUUGUUUAUUGCCGCCAUUGGCUUUCUGGAGCUCGUGCCGUACGCGUGCGCAGACUCAAAACAAGAAGAGGACAACGACGAUGAAGAAGCUGAUGCCGAAAACCACUGCGUUUCGAUGUGCAUGAACAUCAACCUCUACAACAAAGGAGGAACUGUGAACAACUACGCUUGUUCGAGUUCCCAGCCCGACACCGCACCAAACAGCUCAGACAAAUCCAAUCGACAUCAAGAGACCAAGCGCGAACGAAAGUCGAAGAAAAGAAACGGGAAGCGUCACUGAAGCAAUAGCGGCCUAACGUUCACAAGAUUUAGAUAUUCUUGACGAAAAUGACUGAUGACAUUUGGACGGAUUGUUUUUCCGUUUAGUUUAGUUCUCUAGGAAUCUCAUAGAAACAGUCGUGUUGAUUCGUGGAAUGUACACCAAAUACACUACAAUGAUAUUAAAUG